AUGGCGGAGUUCGCUGUCGGCGCCAGCGCCGCCGGCUUCAUUUCGCUCGGCCUGCAGGUCACCAACGGCUUGAUUAAAUAUUGUGAUGCCUGGAAGGAAUUCGAGAAAGAUGCGAAGACUGGACUUAUCCGGCUGCGUGGCCUGUCGCACAUCCUCGAAGUUCUCAACUCCGUCAUGGCGGGCUCCGACCUCGUCGGCCGCCCGUCGUUCGACACAGUUGCAUCAACCAUUGAAGACUGCGGCGACAGUCUUCUUGAGAUGGAGAAGCUUCAUCUCUCCUGCUUCAGGACUUCAGAGUCUACAGUGGUACCAAAAGCGCUGACUGCGCAGCUUCUACGAGCAAGGUACCCUUUUCGCAAGGUCAAGAUCAAGACGUUGAGUGCCUUGUUGAAUGACCUACAAAUCAACCUAAAUACGGCGUUGAUGGUCAUACAAAGCGAUGGCUUCAACUAUCUGAGUGGCGUCCUCAAGUCCCAGCAUCAGCAGUCGCUUGGCCAGAUGAGCAGCAUCCAUGUGGAGCUACAGGGAACUUCGGCGUUGAUGCAGUCGACAGUCAUGAGACUUGAAGAUCUGCCCACGCAGCUGGACCGUCUCCAGCGGGUUGCGCGACCGUCAUCAAAUGCCACCGAACCGCUGCUCACAAACGCUGUAUCACGAGCAACGUCGGACGAAUUCAAUGCGAUGGGGACUAACCUUCGCACAUGGAAGAAGCCAGGUCUCCAAGCCUCUCCAACUUUCGGAUGUCAAUGCAAGCCGGGGUUCACGUAUCGAAACACAACAGGACUUGGCAGCUUCCACUAUAGCUCAGAAGAAUGGUCGCAACACGUUCCAAGCUGUCCUGCAUACCGUACAACCCAGAGACGAAGGCGCAAAGCUAUCAAAGUCAUGCUGCCCUUCUACUGGUGGCAAGGUGGGCAGUAUGUCGUGCUCGACUUUUCAAUUGGAGCUGGUAACACAACGAUCCGGAGAAGCCUGGCAUGCAGGCGCAUUCUCCCCCCGGAUAAUCCUUUUAAAAAGCUGUUGGAGCAGCAUCACGGGGCCACGUUGUUCCAGGACGCUGGAGAAGGGCAGUUGAGGCAGAAACUGGCCACAAUGUUCGAGACCGGGCUGAUAUCUCCCCACGACGUUGAAGGCGAUUACCAAAGGACACUAUUACACAUGACGGUUGAGCUCGUUGUUCUAAAUUACUCACGUGGAUGUAACUUGAGCGCGUUUCUCGCUAUCCUGCAAGACUUGAUCGAAGCAGGCGUCCCAACACAUGAGUACGACGAUUUUGACGAGUGA